AUGACAGUGGAGGAUGGAGUCGCAUUAGACCAUGAUGGACAUUACUCUCUGGAAGAGCAGGAGCAGGAUCCGGUCUUUGAAAUUGAAGCCGAAGCUGCCAACAGCAAUAGGCGGAAGCGCACUGCAGGAGGCCGCGGGGACUAUGUAUACAAUACUAUCUGCAGAAUCUGUGACUCCGGCGCUCCACAAUUUCGCUGUAAAGAUUGCUUCAGCACUGAGCUGUGCUGCCAUGAUUGCAUUGUUGCAACUCAUACUAAAAACCCAUCGCAUCGGAUCCAGGAGUGGACGGGCUCUUACUUUGUGGCCAUCUCGCUAAAGAAACUAGGGCUGCGUGUGCAGCUCGGACACCCAGCAGGUGAACGAUGUCUGUUGCCUGAGAGGGCAUUCAACGACGACUUCACUCUUAUCGAUACCAACGGGAUCCAUGAAAUCGGCCUUGAUUUCUGUGGCUGUGAGACCGCUCAAACACACACACGGCAACUGCUUCGUACUGCUUGGUUCCCGGCAACAACAACUGAUCCACACACGGCCACUACUUUCCAAAUCCUCGAACAAUAUCACAUCCUAUCGUUCAAAUCCAAAUGUUCAGGCUACGAAUUUUAUCAUGCUGUUGCACGACUCUCGGACAACACAGGACUUCACCCACAAAAGGAUCGUUAUGAAGCCUUUAUGCGGAUGGUGUGCGAAUGGCGACAUCUAAAAAUGCUCAAGCAGGCUGGCCGGGGAUAUGAUCCUGCUGGUGUCGAGGGUACUAGAAGUGGUGAGUGUGCUGUGAUAUGCCCAGCUUGUCUGCAACCAGGUAAAAAUCUACCUGAUAAUUGGUGUGAUGCGCCAAAAGGAAAACGUUGGUUGUAUGGACUCUUUCUAGCGAUUGAUGCCAACUUUUGGCUCAAAAGGCGCAUGGUGUCUAAGGAUAGUGUGGACCCUGGCCUCAGUCAUGGAUGGGCUUAUUUUGUCGAGGAGACCGCUUACAAGACGUAUCUACAAUCCUAUACCGGCAGCCCACAGCAGAAAAGUACAUGUUCGUCCCACAAUGCAGUGAACAUGGCAGACACGAAAGUAUCCCAUGAUCUAGCUGCUACAGGAGUCGGGACCAUUGAUUGCGCUCGACACAACAUGAAGCUGCCAAAUGGCGUUGGCGAUCUACAAAAAGGCGAAAGCCUCUGUGGACACUGUGUAGACGCACUCAAUGUCUCAUACGACAUCGCCUGCCAGUGGCACAAGAACUUAUGGCAGAGGAUGUCUACAAUGCCGCUUGACCUCCAUCUAGACCAUCUGGCAACAUUUGUCAGGUUUUUCGUCCCGAAAUUUCACCUCCCUGCUCACAUUCUGGCGUGUCAGACCAAGUUUUCUUUUAAUUUUUCGAAGAAUGUUGGACGUACUGAUGGUGAAGCACCUGAGCGGGGAUGGUCAAAUAUUAACCCCAUGGCCUCUAGUACCAAAGAAAUGGGGCCAGGCUCACGGAGAGACACACUUGAUGACCAUUUUGGUGACUGGAAUUGGAAGAAGGUUGUAGGACUUGGUGCAACACUGCUUCGUAAAAUGAUUGAGGCCCGGGAGGAACGCAAGGCACAUCAAACAGCAUUUCAAGAACUCAACGAAGCUCUGGCGCCAGAGACAAUGGAGGCCUGGAAGGUCGAAAUUGAAUCCUGGGAGGAGAACCCAAAUGAUUCAUUGGUCGCAAAUCCAUUUGAAGCAAAAGUCAUUCCUGUUACACAAGCUGCUGUCCGGCUCCAACUUGCCCAACUCGAGGCAUCUGAGCUCCACCAAGGCACUGAUGUUUCAAUGCACGCUGAAAUCUCUCCGAGUAUAUUCAUUGCAUCGGGGAUUGACCUGGAAAAUGAACAGCAUCGUCUGAAAGUAGAUAUUGCAAAGCAGGGUCUGCAUGCCACAGAUAUGCAAAUGGGCAGUGUCCAACGACUGCGGAAUGCAUUACAACGCAAAAUUGAUACUUGGAAGCGCAUCCAAGCUCUCUACACCCCUGCAGUACAGCUCUUAGAAUCCAGGGUCGAGUUGCCUUCCCACAGUACCUCAGACAUCAUCAAUCCCAAGGAUUCUCAGCUCUGGCUCCCAUCCGCUCUGUGCAGCAAACCUAUACCUUGCGAUCUGUGGCUCCUCACGACUGAACAGAGUCUUCGCCUGCAGGACUACAUGUAUACCUUCAAGAGGGACUGGAUAUGUGGCCAAAGUGCAAAUACUUGUGCCCAGAAUGCUCUCAGUCGUGUUGAAGCCAGGGCAACAGCUGCAGCAGAGAAGUAUCGUGCAGCCCGUGUGGCUCUCUCAUCUCUUGCACACGUACUUGGAAAAGUUCUCGAAAGGAAGGACAAUAUGCGUGGCAUGUCAGUUCCCAAACAGUUGUCGUGGAUCUGGCUGGUUGAAGGAGUCGGGGAUGAUGAAGAUGAAGUGGUCCAAGAUAGUCUCAGAGUGGAAUGGUGCAAAGCUCAAGAAGUUGAGCUGCUCCAGGAGGAGAUGCGCCGGGUGACCUGCUUUCUUAGGUGGCACGCAUCAUGGUGGAACCAGAAGAUUGUGGAACACAUGCUCACCUCUACUGACCAUGAAGGUCUAGGUGCCUAUGCCUAUCGUCAGGCUCAGCUUAGGAAUGAUCUUGCUGACUGUUUCAAGAACAAGUGGGCAGCACAUCUCCCACUGACUGUAGCCUACGAUGAAGCCGAGUUAGAUCUCUACCUCCCAGAAUUGCCGCUCCCUUAA